CGGUGAGAAUGUUCGGUCAAAUUUCAUCAAAUUUGACUACAUAUUUUUAAGUUUUAUUUGUAAAAUCAUCAUUUUGUGCAGAUUUCCAACGAGAGAUAUCCACCUUCGGCUCGGGUUGCCCGCAACUUGCAAAAACUUGUCGUCGCGUUGGAGGACGUUCUCGACGUUCUGGACGAUAAGAGACGUCGAGGAUUUCCCCUCUACGAGAUAAGGAGGGCGCAGAGGAAUAAACUAUGGAGAGCAGCAGCAAUAUGGCCGGAAAUGAUGCUUGACUUCGUUCUUGACGAGGAAAGGUCGACAAUUCCGCCAGCCACAGCAAAACCAACACGGCAAACCCUUCCCGUCACUCCGCCAGCAACAACAAUGCCGAGAAUAAUGCUUGACUUUGUGCCAGUCGAGGAAAUGUCGACAAUUCCGCCAGCUACGCCAAGACCGUCAACUCCACCACCACUGCCCGUUAAUCCGCCAGCAACAAUAAGGCCGGAAAUGAUGCUUGACAUCGUGCCAGUCGAGGAAUGGUCGACAAUUCCGCCAGCCACGCCAAGACCGUCAGCUCCACCACCACCACAGCCUACCAAUCCGUCAAGGGCAGCAUCAAGCCAAUUCGCAAACCGGAGAAAAUCCAGCCGGACUACGAGACCAAUUCUGAAAUUAAACGUCUCCACCGGACCACUCAAGUCCACCUCGGGCAGAAAGAAGACUCGUAAAACCAGACGCCCCCACCGCUGCCACAUUUGUCGAAAAGAUUUCCCCGACAAGUCAGCCCUGACCCAUCACCGGUUCACUCAUCUCACCGAAGAAGAAAAGACCGUGGCGAGGCAGGCUUGGAGAAUCGAGUGCUUCUUUUGCCAGAAGAGAUUCUCCGCGGAAUCUUGCUACUAUUACCACCUUGUCACCCACACGAAAGAGAAGGCAUUUCGCUGUGACCAGUGUGGCAAACUCUUCGCUCAAAAUAAUUGCCUAGCACGGCACCAGCGCAGCCACAGCGACAACCCGAAACCCUUCAGGUGCGCGAAGUGUGGGAAAACUUUUAGUGAAAAGUGGUAUCUGGCCAGACACAAAAAAACUGUUCACGAGAAGCUGAAAGACAUCGACUGUUCCCGGUGCCCCAAGAAGUUUACCACCAAGGGUAACAUGGCCUAUCAUCUGAACAGCGUUCAUCUGAAAAUUGCGCACCUCUGCCCCCACUGCGAUCAGUCAUUCACGAAGAAAGCGAGUCUUCAAGGACACGUGAAGAAGUUUCAUCCGGCAUAAUCCAAUCCUUCUCGACUGACACCCGAUCCAGAGUACGACUUACAGUUUUGAAGGUCUCCCAGCGUAUGGGAUCCGAUUUUGAGCAAAUUUGUAUCCAUCAAUGCCAAAUUUAAUUAAUAUGAAAUUGACGCUAUCU